AUGUCUCCGGAUUACAUCUUCAAACUAAGGGCCACCAUGGCAUCCAUGAUAGAAGGGGAGAAGUGUUCAUCCAUGUAUACGGGUGGUAUCCUGUACACUGCCGCCACCAGUAACAUUUUGGGAACGCUGUUCGAUAUCUCACGGGCCACCGGUCAGGAGCAGGAACGGAUCCGCACCGAGAGAUCCAUCAACUGGCUCAGUGACCCAGAGUUUGUGUCCUCAGUGUUCAUAAAGCAGGAUGAAGACAACAACCCAACAGGAGACGACAACAAGAUCUAUUUCUUCUUUACCGAGGUCGCCAAGGAAUACGACCUCUACACUACAGUCAAAGUUCCCAGGGUCGCACGUGUUUGCAAGUCUGAUGUAGGUGGUAUGAAGACAUUGCAGAGACGUUGGACCACCUUCAUCAAGGCUCAGUUGGUGUGUGAGGACAGAGCCAGCGGACAACGCUACAACAUACUGACAGAUGUCUACACAACCCAACACACACCUAGCGAUCCAAGCUCUACACACUUUUAUGGGCUCUUUACUUCUCAGUGGUACAUAUGGAGGGAUGGAAGAAAGGAUGGAGAAAGAGCCAAGCCCUCGUUUGCACUCAAUCGGGGUCAAAAGAGAAGCAGAAGAGAUGGGAAGAAGGGCAACAGUGGGAUUUUCCGCAAGUUAACACAAUCGGAUUGGACUGAGGAGUGUGUCGUUGCAUUCCAGAAGCUGAAGGAUGCUCUUCUGAACUGUCAUGCUGCUUCACCCUGA